GAUCCCAUAGAGGACUCGUCCUUCACGUUUCUGCAACUGCAACCAUCCAACAAGACGUCAUUGAUGGACAUCGUAAAGUGGCUCUCCGACAGCGAGGACGAUCUGUUUUCAAAGGACCCGGUAACACGUCUAUCAAACCCAGCACUUCCCAGCGUGAAGGAAAAGUCUCCCCCGUCCCUUGUGUUAGAAACGAAGCCAGUACACAAGGAGCUCCCAGUUCUUGGAGAAGCACUCAAGGCUAAUGAUCCCGAGGAGCCAAUAGUGGUCCCUGUGGUCAAAGCACCAAAUGCCAUACAACAGAGAAAGGAGCACAAGAAUCAGCAGCUGCAAAACAAGAAACAGCCUUCAAAACUCGUGAAUCCAUUUCUGAACUAUGAAUAUACCGCAAAAGAGCUUAAAGAAGCUAAUAAAAUCACUAGAAAGAAAGAAGAGCUCUUGGGGGAGAUGGUAAUUCACAUUCCAAGAUCAAUAUGUCUAGAAAAUGAAUUCAUUGACCAAAGUUUCGAGCAUUCCGCUGUCGAGUUUUACAACUGUGAUGUGCCUUUGAUAUACUGGACGCGUAAGGUGCGGGCAUCCUACGACUCUUCCAGGGAUAUAUUUGUUCCCUGUGCUCCAAUGGAAGUACAAGAAAAGACGUUGGUGCUUCAUUUCAAGGCACAAGACUUCAUUUCCAGAAUACGAAGUGGUACAAUCAAAUCCCAAGUGCAAAAAGCACUUUCAAUGGCCAGAUUGAGACAGCCUAUUCUCAAAUACUCAGUCAUAAUUGUCAUUGAAGGGUACGAUCAGUACAUCUUGAAGCUCAGAAAUAUGGAGAACAAGAGAUACAAGGAUGAAGUAUUAAAGCGGUUGAAUGAAAGCUCGCAAUCGAAGAAAAGAAAGCUCGAAGAUGAUGAUGAAGAAGAUAUUACGGCGAAGGAGGCGAACUACCUAAUUAAUCAAUGCCAGCUCGAUUUGGGCUUGAACGUUUUCCCAACUCGAGGAACGAAGGAGACGGUCGAAUGGCUUCUUUCAUUCACGUACACGAUUGCGUACUCCAUUUACGAUAAAUAUGAGAGAAACAGUAGCUUGGCCAAUUUGGGGACGGUGAAAUCGGGAACCGAUCCGAAGAGCACUUUCCUCCAGACCAUACGCCAAUUCAAAAUGAUGACAGAGCCGAAGGCAGAUAAACUCUAUGGGCUGUUCCAGAGUAUCUAUUCUAUAUAUUUGGAGCUUGAGAAGAAUGAUACCCUUGGCAAAGAUGGGUUUGGAAAGAACAUCGUACCUCCCACUACAGAUAGUGCUAUGAGGAAGGCAUUUUUGGGAGAUGACCCCAAUGAGGUCAUUAACGAAUAG